UCUGGCUCGCCUCUCACGGCUUGUUCUACCUUCUUUGUUAGCCACCCCAGGACUACCUGCCUCAAAUUGACACCACCCACAGUGGGCUGGGCCCUUCCACGUCAAUCGUCAAUCAUUAAUCAAGAAAAUGCUGGAUGGGCUUACCAAUAGGCUAUCUUAUGGAGGUUUUCUCUCUAUUAAGAUUCCCUCUUCCUAGGUUCGUGUCAAGUUAACAAAACCCAACCAGGAUAACAUCAUUUCUAGUCUGGCAUCUUUCUAGCUACGCUGGCCAGCGGAUCAAAGCAGAGAGACUUCUUAGACUGCACAUUGUCUCAGGCCCUUGUGGAGAUAGAGGAUCCUAAAGUCAGCAAGACUCCUCUUUCUCCCACGAAGCUGCCUUUCCAGAGGAGGCCGCCAGGGGACUCUGCUCCGCGCCGAUGAACUGCAGUGGCGCCCUGGCGGGCUGCGCGGCGCGCUUGGUUCAUGUGGGGGCCGCAGCAGAGCGGCGGCGGCUGCGUCUGGAGUCGCUCGUGCUGGCCAGAAAACCCCUCGCGUGGAUCUGCCAAGUGUCGCUCCUCAGGACGGAGGAGCUCACUCUUUUUCUCCUGCUCCAGCUGCAGCUACCCGCGCGAAGGAAGACCGUAGGGCCCUAGGCUGAAGGUUAAAACCCCACGAAAGGAACAUGAGGUUCCCUUGGAGAUCAUUUAAGAGGAAGAUGGAAGGAGCCAUUUAAAAUCGAGUUAAACUGCAGGCUGCAAGACUGGGGCCUGAGGGCUGGCAGUGGAAAACUCUGUUGGGCUGUGAUCUCUCACUGAAAAGUCCCACGUGCCUUUUUGCUUCCUGCAAAAGGAAGGAAGACAAGGAGGAGACCAUGUCUAUUGCCUUGAAGCAAGUGUUCAACAAGGACAAGACCUUCCGGCCCAAGAGGAAGUUUGAACCUGGCACACAGAGGUUUGAGCUGCAUAAACGAGCUCAGGCAUCCCUCAACUCGGGCGUGGACCUGCGAGCAGCUGUGCAGUUACCCAGCGGGGAGGAUCAGAAUGACUGGGUGGCUGUGCAUGUGGUGGACUUCUUCAAUCGCAUCAACCUCAUCUACGGCACCAUCUGUGAGUUCUGCACUGAGCGGACCUGCCCCGUGAUGUCAGGGGGUCCCAAAUACGAGUACCGGUGGCAGGAUGACCUCAAGUAUAAGAAGCCAACUGCACUACCAGCUCCCCAGUACAUGAACCUGCUUAUGGAUUGGAUUGAAGUCCAGAUCAACAAUGAGGACAUAUUUCCGACAUGUGUUGGCGUUCCCUUCCCGAAGAACUUCCUUCAGAUCUGCAAGAAGAUCCUGUGCCGCCUGUUUCGGGUCUUCGUCCACGUCUAUAUCCACCACUUUGACCGGGUCAUUGUGAUGGGGGCAGAGGCGCAUGUCAACACCUGCUACAAACACUUCUAUUACUUCGUCACAGAAAUGAACCUCAUAGACCGCAAAGAGCUAGAGCCCUUGAAAGAGAUGACAACCAGGAUGUGUCACUGACAUCCCACCUCAUCUACCGGAAGAAAGGAACAGUUUCUCCCAGGAGUCCCCGUGGGACAGGAAGUGGCCCUCUCUGGCUGAAAUGGUUCUUGCUCCCAGGAGCAGAAAAGCUGGAGCCCCACAAGGACUUCUGAAAGAUGUCUCCUACCCACUUUGUGUGCUCUUAACCCUCUAAGUGCUGCUAGCCAGGGCCUGUGGGCCAGGCAGACCACAGCAUGAAGGACCAGCCUUGACCCCUUAGGCUGAGGAUAGUGCAGGAGCGGCCUCUGCACUUGAACCACGUCACACAUGCCUGUGGCCUGCCCCCCAGGCUUCACGGAAUUCAGGUUUUGAGACUGAGAGGUUUUUCGUUGUUCUUUUCGCUUAGGUCUUAUCAGACUUCUUGACUAACUUCUCUGUCUUUGAUGUUUCUAAGAACCAAUCAAACUUGGGGAAUACCACAUAUAAUAACCAUUUUCCUAUCCCACCUCUCCUUGAGUCCCUGCAGGCCCAGGUUCUGGGCCGAGGCUUAACCUUGUACGGGGCUUGAAGCUGGGAGGGGCCUGCAGUUCUGUUGGUGGCAUCCGUGGCAUUUCCCUCAGCGGUGGUUUCACCAGGGACCAUCUGAUGGAGGGCACAAGCUGUGCCCCAGACAGGCCAUUCAUAUGCUAACCGCUGGGAGGAGUCUGGAAAUAAACUGGUGUGUUACCAGUUUGUCCUGGUCAGGAUGGACUCUUGGUAGCCACAGUCCCUCAAAGAUAAACUUUCCCAUUUCCCACAGGAGAAAACUAAAGUCACAAACGACCACUGGGGUCCCUGAGCCAGAUUUGUGCAGUGUUUGUUCUUUAUUGAGGAGUAGUGAGUCCUGGCUGACCAGACAUUUUAUAGUGUUAGGAUUUCAGUGACAAGACAAGACUGUUGAUGUUUGGUACGUGUAGAUCAAUGCACUUGACAUGUGCCUUCCCAGUGUGACCCCAGAGCUUCUGAACUCAGCUGACAUUUUUCCUCCUCCCUUUUCUCCCUUCUUCUAUUCCUGUUUUCUCUCCCCGUCCUCCCCAUUCCCUCUCCAUCUCUUCCUCAAUCUCUCUUCUCUCUUAUCUCUCUCUAUUCUCUACUCUGUGUGUGUGUGUGUGUGCACGCAUGUGUGUAUGAGUGUGUGUGUGUUUCUCUUGCCCAUUGUCCUUCCAUCUCUUGUUCUAGAAAGAUACAGAAUUGAUUUCUGUGCAGUAGGUGUGUUACAGUCGCUAAGGUGUUCCUCAAAGCCAAGGCGUUCCUUCCGGCCAUCAGAAUAACUGUUCUGUGCAUCUCCUGCUUUUGGAAGCCUGAGGAAAUGAAAUGUUGCCUUCUCUGAUUCAUUCACAGAGCUGUGGUUCCGACAGCUUGACUAAGAAGUACUCAUACUUCCCAUGACGUCUGAUUUUUAAUAAAGUAUCUGUUGGUGGAGGGAAGUAGAUAUGAAUGUAUUCUUACAGUUAAUGUAAUAACAAGAUGACUAAGCUAAUCUGAUGUUACUUAGUAUCUAUAACAUGUUAAAGCCGUUUGUGACUGCCACAAAAUCCUAGAAAGCAUGGCAUCUUUGCCUAACGAUGAAAAGGCUGACUAUAUGGAGUACAUAAUGGGACCAUGUUUAGGACAACCCUUACUUCCUGUCUCAUGGAUGCUGUCUUAUGAAACCCAACACUGCUACAUCUUUUUGUUAUUGACUUGCUCUAAUCUACAAGAACUUUUUCUUUUCUCCUGAAGUAACUUUUAGAGACCAAGAUAGGCCUAGAAGCAUAUCUGGCUAAGGGUCCAGAGAAGCAAAGCCCCGAAUUCCUGACCUGUGCAAUACAGAGAAACACAGUUCAUGGCUGCGCUGGAUGGUGACAAAGAGAAAUGGCAGCCUUGGCCUUGAGGACUCUGCUGCUUUGUACCUUGAACAACUACAGGGCUCACUCAUGCAGUGAGAAGUUGAAUAGGUGCCUGCAUUCCAGUAGUGCUUAGCCAAUGGGGAAGCCUGACACUAAAAACAUUUGACAUUCCAGUAGUGCUUAGCCAAUGGGGAAGCCUGACGCUAAAAACAUUUGACAUUUAUUCCUAAUUAUUUUCCAUCAGUGUUUGUGUAUGUGAAAUUUCUAUCCACCUUUAAAAAAUCCAUUUUUUUUUUUAAACUUCUUAGAAUGAUUUUCUCUGGCUUGUAUUGUUAAUUGCACUAGUCCUCUCUUGGAGGAAAGUCUAGCCAAUUGCUCUGCUUUUUUAGAAGAAUGAGGUGUUCGUAUUUCUACAGAACUUUGUUUGGCAUUUCUAAGGAGAAAUCUUCUUGGACUGUUUCAAAGCCUUUGCCUUACCUUAUCCUCCAUAUGUCUAUAUUGUGAACAGACGAUCCCUGCAGCCCCUGGGACAGCGUCAGGCCUGUUUCUGUCUUUUAACCUUCUUCUGCCUGCUUUUCUGCAUUUGUUUUAACUUCGGGAAUGUUCACAGUUGAAAGAUUGCGAGCACCCUAUCCUUUAAGUGUAGCAAGUUGUUAGCGUGUCACCUCGUUUCUUUCUCACCAUAAAUGCACUCAUUUCUGAACCAUCAGAAAACCAAGUUACAGUCAUCAUAAAGCUUUGAAAUACUCUACCACCCCCUCCUGUUAGUAAUGAGGAUGGUAUCCUAUCCAUCUUCAGUGGCAUCCGCUCCAAGAGCCUGAAAUGGAUAUUCAAAUUCUGCCUCAGAAGAUUGUCGUUGAUUUUUCUUUUAAAAAAAGUCUAGGAUGUAAUCAAAAACUACACAUUGUAUCUAAGUGUCACUAUCUUCAUUUCCAUUGAUAGAUGAUCAUUUCCUCUGUGUGUGUGUGUGUGUGUGUGUGUGUGUGUGUGUGUGUGUGUGUGUUCUGUCUUUAGUAAUGUGACUGGCAUUCCUAAAGAACCUAAGCUGGUUUAUGGGAUGUGCCCAUAUUCUGGAGGAUUGUAUUCUGCUCGUUUCCUCGUUGUGAGAUCAGGGUAACGCGUAGAAAGUAACAGUGUUCACAGUGAUGAGGCACCCUCCUUGAAUCAUGUUAAAAAAUGUGGAUGUUCAAUCGAAGACUAAUCAGUGGGUUCAGGGGUUAUCUGCCUGAACCAAUCAAGUUGCAUAAUUCAUCGUUAAGCUCUGGGAUUCAAUACAUGCACCGUUUAUAGAAUAUGAAGCAUGUCUACUUCACUUCUUAGUGUUAUCAGAGGUCCCCAGUCCCCAAUAUUGAAUCCCUUGCUGUGGAAGAUGAAGAUGUGUAAAAGGAGUGAGACCUUUCCACUUAAAAUGAAAAGGAGCAGGAAUUUUUCAUUUGCAAACAAUACAUAAGAAUGCUGAUUCAUGAGCGUGUGAUGAUCCUCCAGCCAGAGGCAAAGUGCGUGCGUGCGUGCGUGCGUGUGUAUGUGUGUGUGUUUCCUUUAGUGAUUUCCCCUUCAGACAGACCCAUCGUUUCCUCAUUGAGCUCAGCUCAUGUAUUAUGAGACAGUGUCUCUGCAUAGUCCUGACUGUCCUGAAACUCAUUAUGUAGACCAGGCUGACUUUGAACUCAUCCUGCCUCUGCUUCCUGAGUGCUAGGAUUAAAGGUAUGUGCCACCAUAUUCAACUGCUCAUAUAUUCUUGUUGAGGGUGAGGUGACUACUAAUUAUUUGGGGGAGGCAAACAUUUUAACUUUCAUAGUAGGUUGUGCCUCUCCAAAAGAGGUGAUUAGAAAUCAGCUAUUUUUUUUUUAGAUUUUGAUAAUUUUAAUAAACAACAUAUCCACGAGUCUGGACACACUCUGAGGUCAGAAGCCAUAUAUUUUUAUCUUAAUAGGAUCCUGAUAUCAGCCAUCUAGUGAGAUAUCUUCAAUAUGCCCUUGGGGUAACAGUUUAAACUGGGGAUGCACUGAAGAAACAGAACCUUAGUUCUUCCAUUUAUGUCCCCCACAUGACCUCCAAGCCCCUCAUCCAGGCCUCCUUUGCCUCUGACUUCCUUUUUUGUUCAGCCAAAUCAUGGCAGCAGGACCAACACUCUUCUUCAAACAGUAAUAGAAAGGACAGACUAAAUUGCGGAUCUAGAUUCUUUUUCUGCUUCUUAGGCUGUUGAUCUCUUCCUUGAAUGUUUUUUUUAUUUCUUUCCUCAGAGUUAGGAUGAAUGGAAGGAACUUCAGAGAUCCCUAACUUAUCCUUCCUGUUCCCCAACCAUGCCACAACAUUCCAGAUAGACCCUGUUCUCGUUUUACAGGUAUCCAGGCAUAGAAGGUCUACAGAACCCUCUGUGCAACCCACAUGACUUCACAGUCGCGGAAACCUUCCAUCCAACCCGAGCCAGAUAGUCCCUUUGAGCUUCAGCCUGUCUCUCCCCUUUUAUUCAGGAAGGUCCAGGGACUGUGCAGAGCAUCAGUAAACGCUAAGUGAUGAGAGUUUCAUUUGCACGGUCAUGAAAUAUCGGAAGACCAGUGGUCCUCCAGCCUGCCUUCUCAGUCAUCGCAGCUGAGGCUCCUCUCUGGUGCUUUGCCAUUUUCCCAUUAAGAACUAAUCUAGAAGCCCUCCCCCCCCCCCGCCAGCUCUCCUCCGCCUGUGUUAUAAACACCACCGCACACUGUGAAUCUGAUAAGCGAUUAUCUCACGCCUUCUCCAGAUCCUGUUGUGUUUUCCCUAGACUUGGCUAUAAGAGAAAUCUUUGGGUUUUCUUACCUGUUUCAGUUGACCAUAUGAAACUCCAACUAGGUUAUGCUGAGCAAUUCCAAGUUUCCUUUCUCCCUGCUUUUAGUAUCCUUCAUCAUAACACACUGGAUUUGGUUGAAAUUUUCCUUAGCUGGAGAACAUUAAGGGUUUUGAUUUAUGCUGGUCCACGCUUAGUCAGUCCAUCAUCACAGGUGAAAACACAUAGUUUCCAAUAAUCCCUCGGCAUGAGGAAAAGAAUACAGCGUGUCUUCAAGAAAUGGCAAAGACAUCAUUUGGGUAAUAUUGUCAUUCUGGCUUUGAUUAUUUUGGUUUUGAAGAAACUAGUAAUUCCUGUCUAGAAUUAACCAAACAAAGUAUAUUUUGGAAGUAAUGAUUUCUUCCUGGUUUUAAAAAUGUUUAGCAGAAAAAUUUUAUAACAAGCUAUUUUCCUCUGGGCAAUAUUAAAUAUGGGUAAAGUUUUCAAUAAUAUGUAAAAAAUUUGGUAGAAGAUGGAUCUUUUUUAAUGAAGUGAGCUAUUUUACUAGCUUCUAGUAUUCUGCUUUCAAAGUUUUCCUUCCUCUUUUUUAAGUACAUCUGAAAAAUGUUAACUAUAUUUCCAUUCCAUUUAUGAUUCAGCUAAGGAUUUGACUGUAAGAAAGCAGGCUAACAUAAUUAAAUCAAUUAGAAGAGCUAGAUAUAUCUAAAGAAUAUUUAUGAAAUAAAUUUCUGUGUGAGCUUAAGGAUUCAAAUGUCAUGAAUAAAAGCUACAUAGCCAC